AUGCGUCGCUUGUUCGGGCGAGACAACGCGCGAGUCAACUUCCGGCCCACUCCCUUUCUCCAGACUGGACCAUCCAAUGGCGGCGCACCACCACAGCCAGCAUCCGCCCAAACAUGGGCACCAGUCCAGACCGUGGCCAACUACAGCGACAUUCACGAGCUUGUUCAUCGAAUUCGGUUUCUCGCCUCCAUGGGUUCCGAAGACCGGCCACUUGUGCUUGAUAUGUGUGAUCGAGCUUCAACCGACACUGCUGCUCGUGAAGCAGUGAAGGCUUUGAUGCACGAAUUCAAAUGUGGGACUGCAGACGCUCAACUCUCUGCCGCACGUCUUUGGGCUAUCCUGUUGCGCAACUCUUCCACUGCAUUCAUCUCUCAAUCAGCCGCCCCCGACUUUCUUGACUCCGUUGCGGAAUUACUGGUGUCGCCCCGAACCAGCCCAGUUGUGCGCCAUCGAGUUUUACGAGUGUUGGGAGAUGCUGUCUGGAACAACCCGACGAAGGAACCUUUCCGGCGGCUUUGGUUAUCCGUAAAGCCUGUGGAGGAGCCCGAGCAGGGAUCUCCUUAUAAUGCCCAUGAUGCUAUCCUUCGCCCUCCUGCGACUGCGGUGGUAACUUCCACAAAAUCUAGCAAUCGUGGCGCUCUUCCUAUGGCCGAUGGACGUUUUCCUCCCUCACGAACGCCUCUGCAGAUACUCGAAUGGGACGCCCCACCACCUUCAUAUGAAUUCGCCACGGAAACUAACAAUGCUUCUUUGCGUGGUUCUUGGGUCUACUCGCCAUCUCGACGAGUGAGUAAUAGGAGCAGCAGCAGCAGCAGCAACUCAGCGCCUGUCCGUCGGCGUCAAUCCGACCAACUAUCAUACGCCAGCACGGACGAUUUCAUUCUGGACAUCUCACCUGCUCACAGUCCUACCUUGGAAGAGGUACAAGCACAGGAUAUUUGGCCGUCUGUUGUUAACGCUGGUCGCUCUGCGCUUGCAUCUCCGAGGGUCGAUGUUCAUUCUUCAAAAGGAAGCUCGGGAACCUGGUCUACGAGGGCCAAUGCAGGUGCUUUUAACUCCAAUUCGGCUUCGAGCUUGCGAUCUCGCCAGUCGUGGCACAGCGAGACGGCGCACAUGUAUCAUGAACCCAUGAUUAUGGACGUUCAAGCACUCUCGCCAGUAGAACAAUGGCGAGCGGGUGUUGCAGAAGAGAACCCCGCUCCGAAGACUCCGUCGAAACCACGUCGGGUUCCGCGACUGAAGCCCUCGCCAGUACCUUCGAAAACGGCGGGAAAAGCAAAACAAAUUGCUGCGACAAGGAGGAAGCCUUUUGGCGAAACGGACAAUUAUUCAAUGGCGAGCAAGCCUGAGGUCGGCAUACUUUCCACCACACCCACUUCAAACCUUCAUAGAGGAGAUCGAGAGAACUCAAAGCUCAAUAGCGCCAUCUAUGCGAAUACCUUGGUAUAUCUGAAGGAUGUGGCAUGGAACAACGACGAAUCUGCGUCACUUAUCAAGCUGAGCUCAUUCAGCAAAGCCAUAUCGCAGCUCAAUCCCAUGAACUCGUUGGUUUUUGCGCUGCAGUACAGGCAACUCUUACUCCAGAUUUCAAUGGACCUAAACGUGUCAGAGGAUAGACAAUUGAUGGCUGCCUUGAAGAGCGAUCAUGAUGACAUCACCAACCGACUCUUGGAUGUGCUGUAUUCAAGUACUGACGAGCAAGCGGUGCUGUCGUUAGAAGACGAAUCCGCUCAAUCAUUCCUCGACGUCGUCCAAUUUACCCUCGAUCACGCUCUCCUCCAUAAACGCGAUGCUAAUAGUCGCGCGCGACGCCUGAUUAGCAAGCUUGCACGCAUUGCUGACAAGCUUCCAACCGCACUCAUUAUCUCCGGUGUCGAACAGCGGGAUGAGCAUGCGACCUUUUGUGGUGGAUUCGGCGACGUAUUCCGUGCUAUUUACCAAGGAAAACCAGUCGCACUCAAACACAUGCGGAGGUUCCAGGGCAGUGACCAGCGGGAUAUUCGCAAGAAAUUUUGUCGCGAAGCACUCGUUUGGCAACGACUCCGCCAUCCAUUUGUCGUUCCGCUCAUAGGAAUUGAUACUGAAAGUUUCCCGACGUCGCUCUGCCUUGUUUCUCCGUGGAUGCGUCAUGGCACUGUGAUCAACUACCUGAAGACUUUCCAUGGCGCCAGCCGACGCGUGGUCAUCGAUCGUUUGAUUCGCGAAAUUGCACAAGGGCUAGCCUUUUUGCAUGACCAAAAUGUUGUUCAUGGCGACCUGCGUGGCUCAAACAUCUUGAUCGAUGACGACGGUCAUGCUUGUCUCACGGACUUUGGCCUAACAGUACUCUCAGAUGCCACCACUCAGACGCAACAUGGAGCGGGCAGUGUUCGAUGGAUGGCGCCGGAGAUUUUGAACCCAACCGCCUGUGGUCUCGAAAAAUUCGCCAAGACGACUGCAAGCGACAUCUAUGCAUUUGCUUGCGUGUGUUUGGAGCUAUACACGGGUUUCCCUCCUUUCCACGCAGAGAUAUUGCAUGAUGCCCCCGUUAUCUUACAGGUCAUGGCUGGGGUUCGGCCGAGCAAGCCCGAUGACGCUGCCAUCCCCGACUACGUUUGGGAAAUCAUGCAGCAGUCAUGGUCGCACAACCAUGCGGAUAGGCCCACCAUAUUAGGAAUCGUGCUCGAACUCGCUAUGCACGAACGCGUCGUUGAGAGAGAUUUCUCGGACACGAUUAGUAUGGACGAAUGUGAAGAACCAUCGUCCAUCUACACCAGCGAUAGCGCAAGCAUGUCAAGUUCAUGCGACCAAGCGGGAGGUGACUAUGAUGGAUGGGCAUCGUCUGUCAUUGCUCCUCUAAACAAGUUCAUUGACCGAAACAUCAAUCCACGGGAGCACUUUGUCCACCUUCGCGAAAUCGCUGAGGGUUUUGCUGGCUCUGUCGUAUAUGAGGCUCACGCUGGACUUGACGAUGGAGAUGUCAUAACCCGUUUCUCUGCCAUCAAGACUGUCCCAAUUCUUCCUGGGGGAACGAACACGAAGCUCGGUGAAUUGGUACACGAGCUACAGGUUAUGGAGCACGUGCCCCCAGCCGAGUCAGUACUACGUGUCGAUUCGGUUUACAUCGACACGGUCGAAGAUGUUAUCUGGAUUCAUAUGGAGCUCAUGGAUCGGUCACUGGCAAGUCUUAUAAAUCUUAUUGGUGCUGGCUUGCGUUUGUCGGAUCGGGUCAUCGCUGGCUGUGCUAAGGAUAUUCUGGGCGCUCUUAACCACCUGCAAAGCCACAAUGUUGCGAUGGGGAACUUGGCCUCCAAGAAUGUUCUCAUCAACAGUGAUGGAUUUGUGAAAAUCACCAACUUUUCGAGCGCCGUGAAGCUUUCUCCCAACCUCACAGACCACAAGCGCGGACUCUACAUUGAAAAGGACAGACGAGCACUUGGCUCUCUCGUCUUGGAGCUGGCCGCUGCAUCCCGCGCCCCCUCCCAGAUGUUGCAUGACUUUGUUCAACUGUGUUUUCAUUCGGAGAAGGACUACAAACAGCUUAUGGAGAGCGCCUUCAUUCGCGACGCGUGUCCACGCUUUUCUUUGACUCAACUGCUUGGACAUUGCACUAUGUUUGACUUGCAACGCGAUGCAGUGUAG